AUGAUCAUCCUGCUGGGGAAUGCUCUCAUAAUUCUUAUAACAUUUGCUGACCCAGCCCUUCACACCCCCAUGUAUUUUUUUCUCCGGAACUUGUCCUUCCUGGAGAUCUGCUACACCUCAGUUACUAUCCCUGAAAUGCUGGUCAACCUCCUCACCAGGGAGAAAACCAUCUCAUUUUCCAGUUGUGCUGCACAGAUGUAUUUCCUCAUCUCUCUAGGUGGCACAGAGUGCUGCCUGCUGAUCCUGAUGGCAUAUGACCGAUAUGUGGCCAUAUGCCGCCCGCUAGUGUAUACUGCCAUUAUGAACAAAGGUGUUUGCAUGCAGCUUGUGGGCAUUGCAUGGCUAAACAGCAGGCUUGUGACACUAAUGCAUGUCACAUGGGUAUUUAAUCUCCCCUUCUGCCCGUCUAAUGAGAUUGACCAUUUCCUUUGCAAUGCUCCACCUGUACUUGAGCUGGUUUGUGGGAACACCUACAUGAUUGAAAUUGAAGCCCUUACCUCAACUGUGCUAUUUGUCGUGAUCCCAUUUGCACUGAUACUUUGGUCCUACAUUUGCAUUUUGAUCACAAUCCUGAAGAUGCCAUCUGCUGAGGGGCGGCAUAAAACCUUCUCUACUUGCUCCUCACAUCUCACUGUGGUGGUCUUGCUCUUCAGCAUGGCUGGUCUCACCUACUUCCAGCCCAAGUCCAGUAGUUCACCCACAACCAGCAAAUUCUUGUCCCUCUGCUACACCAUCCUCACACCAUUGUAA